AUGCGCUUCAGAACAAGGAUAACAAACGUCGGUCUACUGCACAAAAUCAUUCGGUCACUCGCCGCCCUCGCCAAGGUGUGCGUCGUGCGCCUGAGUCCAGAAAAGGUCCACUUUAUCAUCCCUGGUAAUGAAGGACGAGACGGUGUCCAGGUGUGGUCGCAGGUCAAAGUGGUACGCCGCAUUACACCUUCCCUUGUCGAACACGUUCUCACUCCCCAGCCCACGCUGUUCGACCACUUUCGCAUAGAAUCCAAUGCCAACAAUGAAAUAUGGCUCGAGAUCAACCUCGACGCUCUCCUUAGGGUGCUUAAAAGCGCAGACAGCUCCAGUGGAUCCGGUGGCGACGGUGGACGGCAUAACGCAGCCUCCUUGACAGAAUCAGACGUCAUGCUCAAGCUCAACAAACGUGACAACCGUGCCAUCUGGGCGUUUGACAUCAAGGGCCAGAGCGCCGGCGGCCACGCAAUGCAUAUCACGCACGAAGUCGCCGUACACAUUAUCACGUCCAGGCGGCAAAGUGAGCUCACCGAACCUCUAUGCCCUCCACCCGAUCUUCAUCUCGUUCUUCCCAACCUCGCCGAGCUUAAGACCAUUGUUUCUCGUUUGGGCCACAUGUCCGAGGACGUGACUAUCUCAGCCAACCAUCAAGGGACAAUGGAACUCCGUGUGAAAUCUAACAACCUAUCGAUGACAACGACCUGGAACAAUCUAAGCAUCCCGACAGCAACAGAUGACGGCGCAGAAACCGACCCGCCCUCACCAGAGCACAUGUUCAGCACGACUGUAUCCAUCAGAGGGUUUCAAAAGUUUCUCGCUAGCCAUUACGUCGGAGGCAUAGCCAUUGCGUGUAUAUGUGAGGGCCAUUGUGUGAUUGCAUACGUGUAUAUUGGCGAGGUCAACGAGGGCGGAGGAGUUUUGACAUUCUUUAUUCCUGCCAAGACGGUAGACUAG